GGACUCGCGCGCACUUCGGGCCUUUCCCGUACCUCCCCCGACCUUCCCGCGCGGUCCUCCCGGGCCUAUCUUCCCCCAGCCUCAGCGGCCGGCCCGAGUGAGAGGUUCCGGAGCCCGGGUGCGGGCGUGGUUUCGGUGUCGACGCUUCGGGCCAGCUCCCCCCAGCCGGCUCCGCACGGCCGCGGGAGCUUCAGCUGCCCUCGCGUGUGCAGGUUUGCCUCGGAGAGUCGGCGGGCCGCGCUGAGGGGAGGCGGAGUGCUGGGAGGUUCCACACAUUAAGAAUUUCGAGAAAAUCAGAUGGCAUCCGGGGAUUUCUGCUUACCCGGAGAAGGGAUGGAAAUACUCCAACAAGUGUGCAGCAAACAGCUUCCUCCUUGUAACCUGAGUGAAGAGGACCUGUUACGGAACCCACACUUCGGCAAACUGCUGCUGGGUCUGUCACAGCACAUGGAUGAGAGUGGCUUAAGCCUCACCCUGGCAAAGGAGCAGGCACAGGCAUGGAAGGAAGUUCGACUCCAUAAGACAAUAUGGCUGAGGUCUGAGAUUUUACAGAGAGUCAUUCAAGAGCUGCUUGUGGACUACUAUGUGAAGACACAAGACACAAAUUUAACUUUGGACGACAAAAAGUUUCACGAGACCCUUGAACAGCGGCUACUCGUGACUGAACUGACACGACUCUUGGGUCCCAGCCGGGAGAGGGAAAUGCCUCCACUGCUGGGGCUGGAGAAGGCGGACCUUCUGGAGCUCAUGCCCCCCUCAGAGGAUUUUGUAUGGAUGAGAGCUCGGCUCCCACUGGAAGUGGAGGAGCAGCUCAAAAAGAAAUGUUUCACCCUACUCUGCUACCAUGACCCCAAUUCAGAUUCAGACGGUGAAACCUUGAAGGCAGCAAAGGUGUGGAAACUGGCAGAGGUCCUAGUGGGUGAGAAGCAGCAAUGCCAGGAUGCCAAGAGCCAGCAGAAGGAGCAGAUGGUGCUGCUUGAGAAGAAGAGUGCCACCUAUUCCCAGGUGCUUCUGCGCUGCCUUGCCUUGCUGCAGAGGCUCCUUCAGGAGCACCGGCUGAAGACUCAGUCUGAGCUGGACCGCAUCAAUGCCCAGUACCUAGAGAUCAAGUGCAGUGCCAUGAUCCUUAAGCUGAGGAUGGAGGAGCUAAAGAUCUUGUCCGACACUUACACUGCUGAGAAAGUGGAAGUUCAUCGUCUCAUUAGGGACCGUUUGGAAGGGGCCAUUCGCCUACAAGAGCAGGACAUGGAGAAGUCCCGACAGGUCCUGAGCACCUAUGAGGUCCUUGGGGAGGAGUUUGACAGGCUGGUAAAAGAGUACACUUGCCUCAAGCAGGCAACUGAGAACAAGCGCUGGGCCCUCCGGGAGUUUAACAAGGCCUGCCGCUGACCGCCACCUCGCGGGGGUCCGGAGGCGGACUUCCACACAGGUGCGGCCUCCCCCUCCUGCUGAAAGGACCACCUCCACCUCAGGCCCACUUUCACUCCGGGAGUGUGGGGACACUUGCUUGAAACACUGCAGUGGGCUAGGCACCAUCCUGGUUUUUCUUCCUUGUUUACAGUGACUGAGUCUCUUCUGGGAAAUGGAGCAGAUUUAUAAAAUUCUGUGUGCAGCUCUUUGUCAGUGUCAGCCCUGUGUUAUAUUUGAUUAUCUCCUGAAUAAAGUGAUGAUGCUUUCUU